AUGCCUCCACCACCACCGAAACCGCCACCGUCAGGCACCGGAGCUGGCGCCGCUUCGAAGGAGGAGAACAUCUAUAUCCCAUCUUUCAUCAGUAAACGACCAUUCUACGCUGGCGAAGAAGGCGAGGAAAAUGAUUACCUCAAGCAUCAGCGCCGUGAGGAGAAAGACGAGAAGUCACAAUGGUACGACCGCGGCAGAAAGGCUGGCCCAGCGGCUACCAAGUACCGGAAAGGCGCUUGUGAAAACUGCGGCGCCAUGACACACAAGAAGAAAGACUGCUUGAGUCGACCAAGAGCAAAGGGCGCAAAGUGGACAGGCAGGGAUAUUCAGGCCGAUGAGGUUAUCCAAGACGUCAAUAUGGGUUGGGACGCCAAACGCGAUCGCUGGAAUGGCUACGAUGCGAAGGAGUACCGCAAUGUGGUGGACGACUUCAACCAGAUGGAGGAGCUGCGCAAACAGGCCACCAAGGGCGAAAACGGCGACGAGGAAGCAGACGAAGGCGACAAGUAUGCGGAAGAGAAUGACAUGAGCAAGCAUCAGAGCACAGCAACUCGACAACUACGAAUAAGAGAAGAUACUGCCAAGUAUCUACUGAAUCUCGACCUAGAAUCCGCCAAAUACGACCCCAAGACCCGGUCACUGGUCGAUGCUGGAGCAACAGCAGACAAGGCAGCGGACGUCUUUGCAGAAGAAGGAUUCAUGCGAUCAUCUGGUGAUGCCGGCGCAUUUGAGAAUGCCCAGCGAUACGCAUGGGAAGCGCAAGAGAAGUCUGGCGAUACAACUCAACAUCUGCAAGCAAACCCAACAGCAGGAGAGUUCUACCGGAAGAAGGAGAGAGAAGAGGCAGAAGCAAAACGUGCAGAGCGUGAGAAGCUACUUCUCGACAAAUAUGGCGGAGACCAAAAGGCUAUGCCAGCUGCUUUACGUAACCUUGCUGUUACUGAGUCGGAGACAUUUGUCGAGUACGAUGAAGCUGGUUUGAUCAAGGGUGCACCCAAGAAGGAGGCCAAGUCCAAAUAUGCUGAGGACGUUCUCAUCAACAACCAUGCUUCUGUAUGGGGAAGCUGGUGGUCUAACUUCAAAUGGGGUUAUGCUUGUUGUCAUUCGUUCAUCAAGAACAGCUACUGCACUGGAGACGAGGGCAAGCUGGCUUGGGAAGCAGCUGAGCGUCAACGCAGUGGUGCCAAUUUGGUUAAAGACACGGAGGAAGAGACUGAAGAGGCAGAAGAUGCUGAGAAGAACAAAGAAGAAGAGAAGCCGCGCAAGCGGACAAGGGAGGAAAUGAUGAAUGGAGUGACAGAAGAGGAGAUGGACGAGUACAGGAAGAAACGGACAGUGACGAAUGAUCCAAUGGCGAAGAUGUUGGGUAAGGAUGAGCUUUUAACAUAG